AUGGCCAGUUGGCAUCGCCCCAACCCUUCUGCUGGGCGCAAUUCUAUGCGCCCUCCUCCAAGACCAACCCAUAGCCAUAAUGUCUCAAUGACUGGGCGCGCACCCUCUCCGGCUUUAUCGACCACGUCAGGGACCACAUCCAACGCAGGAACAAAAAGAAAAGAAAGAGAUUUCGAACAUGACCAUGGCGAGGAGACCAACAUCAAUGUCGUUGUGAGAUGUCGAGGGCGAAGUGAGCGGGAAGUCCGGGAGAACAGUGGUGUGGUUGUAUCCACAAAUGGUGUCAAAGGAAAGACUGUUGAGCUGUCUAUGGGACCAAAUGCCAUCAGCAAUAAAACUUACCAGUUUGACAAAGUCUUCUCGCCAGCCGCGGACCAAGCCAUAAUUUUUGAAGAUGUGGUCGCGCCAGUUCUCACCGAAAUGCUCUCCGGAUACAACUGCACCAUUUUCGCCUAUGGCCAGACUGGCACUGGAAAGACAUACACCAUGUCUGGCGACAUGACUGACACUCUUGGCUUGCUCUCGGAUGCGGCAGGAAUAAUCCCGCGAGUUUUAUACUCGCUGUUCCAGAAACUGGAAUCAGACGAGGUCGAAUGCUCGGUCAAGUGUUCUUUCAUUGAACUUUAUAAUGAGGAACUGAGGGAUUUACUGUCGGCCGAUGAUUCCGUCAAGCUCAAGAUUUACGAUGAUGCAAGCAGAAAGAGCCAUAUUGCGACAACCGUGCAAGGAAUGGAGGAAUCUCACAUCAAGUCCGCAGCAGCUGGUAUCAAACUGUUGCAGGCGGGUAGCCAUCGACGCCAGGUCGCCGCUACGAAAUGCAAUGAUCUCAGUUCUCGAAGUCACACCGUGUUUGCCAUUACUACACAUUUGAAGAAAGUGAAUGACGCCGGAGAAGACUACAUCUGCUCUGGGAAACUUAACCUCGUCGAUUUGGCCGGUAGCGAAAACAUUCAGCGGAGUGGUGCCGAAAAUAAGAGAGCAGCUGAAGCAGGCUUGAUCAACAAAAGUUUAUUGACUCUCGGCCGUGUGAUUAAUGCUCUAGUGGACCGGAGCUCACAUAUUCCAUACCGGGAAUCGAAACUGACGAGACUACUUCAAGAUUCCCUGGGUGGGAGAACCAAAACAUGCAUAAUUGCCACAGUCUCCCCAGCAAAGAGCAAUCUUGAGGAGACCAUCUCUACGCUCGACUAUGCGUUCCGCGCUAAAAACAUACGAAACAAACCCCAGGUCAAUUCUCUGAUUUCCAAGAAAACACUAUUGAAGGAAUACACAGCAGAGAUCGAAAAGUUGAAAAGCGAGUUAAUUGCCACACGACAAAGAAACGGUGUGUAUCUUACCAAUGAGCAGUACGAAGAGAUUACCGUAGAAAGCGAAUCUCGAAGAAUCUUAAGCGAUGAGCAAAAGGCAAGAAUCGAGACCAUGGAAGCAAGCCUUCGAAACAAAGUUCAAGAAUUGUUCAGUCUUACAAACAAUUUCACUCUGCUGAAACGAGACAAUGAAGCAACACGAACUACAUUGGAAAGCACCAAGGAUGUCCUCGUCAAAACAGAAGCAGUGCUUGCCAAUACGCAGGAAAUUCUGGCGGAUGAAAACGCCCUCCGCGAAGCACAUCAAGCAACAGAGGAAGAACUCUUCGGUCAAGGCACCGAACUGGUCUCCACAAUCGGCCAAUCACUAAAUGAUAUCAACGGACUAGAGGCCAAGUUGCGACGCCGUUCGGAUCUUCAUACUCAAAAUCGGGAGUCGUGGAAAGCUUCUGUUGACCGAGUAGCAGACAUCUCCAGCAUGGUAGACGCUCGACUCGAAAGCUUCCAAGCUUCUCAUGCGGAAAUGAUUGCAACAAGCGCAAAUUCCAUCGAAAAAUUCCUGUCGACAGAAAGAACGCGACUGGAGAUAUCAGCAAGCACCAUGCUCACAAAGAUAUCUGAGCUGGAUCAAAAUGGUAAGGACGUGGAGAAUCAGUCUUGUAAUGAGCGAGAUGCGAUGAACAACGUCCUCGAAGAAAUCAAGGACCUUCGGGAGGAUGUGAAGGAAAAGGUCAGCAAGGGCUUGCAAGGUCUUUCAAGGGCAGCAGCAAAGAUCUCGGCAGAAGUCAUUUCGGAACUCGACCAGUUCCAUGCUCAGUUGCAUACAUCUUAUAGUGGCUUGGGCAAGGACUUCAAAACAUUGUUCGACGAGUUGACUCUUCAACUCUCUGUACAGCGCCAGGAAGCCGAUGAGCUACGAUCGGCGCUUGAGAUAGCGAAUCGAGCAAAUCUCGAAGCAACAUUGGCGGCAUCGACUCAACUGCAAGCGGUAUUGGAAGAAGAACGCAAAACCUCGCAGCAAGAAAGGGAGACGCUUAAGCAACAAAUCUUCCAACUGUUGGAGACAUCAGCUGUUCAGCAACAAGAAAGACUGUCACAGAGACUGAUCAGCACCCAAACCAACCUUGUUGAAGCCACCGAGAGUUUUGAAUCGGCCGACAAAGCGUACAGAGAAGGAAUGGACAAAUGGUGUGUCCAAGACACGGAUUUGAUGGCCACCGUUGUCAAAUCGAAGGACGAAUUAAAGACUAAAAUGAAAGGGGAUUGGACGGCUAUCAAUUCUCGCAACACCUCUAUUCAAAAGUCGACCAAAGCUGUGCACGAAGAAACCGUGAAGAUCGUUGAUGCUCAACUCUCGGAAAUGGCAACUCAAAUGGCCGCUCUUGAUGAGUUCGUGACAAGGGCUCGGUCCCAAAAUGAUAGUCAUCACGCAGCGCGAGUUGUGAGUUUGGGUCAUCUCACUGCAAGUGCGCAGGAUGGACUUGCUCGCGCUAAAGACGAUGCCGAUGAAUGUAGAGUAACAUUUGGUGAAUUCAAUGAAAGCCAAAUUGUACAAAUGGCCGAGAUCGAGCGACUAGUGAGCAGUCUCCAGGAUGAUACUAGACCGCCCUUGCAGGAACUCCAAGCAGAUAUUUUGGACAGCACCAUGACAGAUUACAUGCCGACAGGGCAGACUCCACAAAAGAGAGAAUGGACUUAUCCAACUCAACUUUCACGGACAGCCAAUCAUGAGUCCGUCAUAGCAAGGCGGAGAGGUUUGCCAGAUCCAGCCUUGGCCAUAAUCAAAACACCAACUGGCACAAAGACGCCUGGGCGAUCCCCACGAAAGCAACAAACGUCACCUCGAAAAGGAGCCGCUUCGCCUUCAAAGCCACCGAGUCCAAGCAAGACCAGGGUUUUUACAGAUAUUCAGGAUUCUCAAACAGCUCAAUCUUCCAAAGCAAUCCCUGACCACGGUCAUACUAUCUCGAUCCCGAUUGAUCAGAUGAAGUCCGGGCUCAAGGAGAUCGACAUCAACGUGGUGCCACGGCCGACUUCAUCGUCAGCAGCAGCAGUUUCCGCAGACGAGCGACCGGUGUUGAUAGACUUCAGUAAAAGUAUUGGCAGUACCGGGGUUGGAUGCAAUGGGCCGCCUCCACUGAAGCGACACGCAACGACGAACGCGGUCGUCGAGAGUAGGCUGCCUAUGAAGCUGCCAAGAUCGAGGAGUACUGUGGCAGCGAUGACUACUGGCGUAGAAAACUUCAGCCAGAGUGUUGGUGCCCCUCCUGUGCUCUCGACUGGGAGGCGAUUGAGGAGUAGCCCUCCUGAGUGA